AUGAGCGAACAAAGCGAAGACACUGAUGCCGAAAUUAAUAACUUGUUUGAAAUCGACGAAACAAUUUUGAGUGAUUUUGUUAUGCAUUCAGACGAUGCACUUCCAUCAACUUCUACAACUCAUAAUGUACAAUCUCUAACCGAUGCUGUUUUCGAGCCUUCUCACUUAAGCAGCUACCGGAAUAGGAUUGAUGCAAGUGUUGAUGAACAGCGAAAGUAUCGUCAAGUUCUGGCAGGUUUGAGCAACAAGGUAGAGAAGUAUCGACAGCGUACGGCGAAAUCAAUAGCUCAAUUGAAUGCUUUGCAUGUUCCAUAUGUCGAUGCCACCGGUGAUAUCGUUCACGUUUUGCCACGUUCACCCGAAAUGUUACGCGUUGGACCUGAUGGGCUAAGUGCAAAUCCUCUGUUGUCUUCAUCUUUCAUUGAUACCGGUUUUAAAACAAAAUCGCCUGAUAGCUCUACUGAUGUAAUCAUUCAGCAGUUACGUGAUGAACAAAUAAGGAAUGAUAGCUUGGAAGAUCUAAAUGAUAUAUAUCGGGAACAAGCAGAAGUUGCUAUACGUACAAAUCAAAGUUUGAAAGACGAAUUGCUGAAAACUCAGAAAGAAUUAAUGAAAGUAAUACAUGAAAGGGAAAUAGAACGAUGCCUGCUACGACAAAACAAUGAAAAAAGAAAACGUACAAUGGAUGCCGAGUACCAGCAUAUUCUUGAAUUAUGGGUAUCUUUCAACAAACUUCGACGACAGGUUAGAGAUUUGCGAACGGAAACUGAAAGUGAUUUGGAUCGGCAACGAACCGAAUUCGUACGUUGUGCAAAUAGUAUGGAAGCACUUGUUUGCCAAGCUGAAAUGAAGCGGAAACAUGCUGCAUUGGAAGAAACAAAGGGUGAAGAUGCGGUGAAUGAUUUAUUGAAAAAAUAUGAAGAUGUGGCUGCUCGAACUAUUAAGCUGGAAUACGAGUUGAAUGAUUCCAAUCGUCGGAUUGCGUUCAUGGAAGGUCUUGUUAAGAAAGCCAAUGAAGAACGCGAUGCUGCAAAGGAUUCUUUGAAGAAAAUUCAUUUAAUACCGGAACUGGAUGAAAUACGCGGUCGACGAACCCGUUCUGUUAGUCCAGAUGGAAUAUUAGGCUAUUUUAACACGAUUCGUUUGGUGCGUGCCGCACUGCAAGACAAAAGCAACGAAAUUAAAGAUUAUAAAAGAAAAUGUAGCGAAUACCAGGAUAAAUUAUCUGAACGUGAAAAUCGACUAACUCGUAUGGAAGAAUUACGGAGAAAGAACGAUGAAGAAUUUGUAGACCUUAUGAAAGCGAAUAAUCAAAUACGACGAGAAAAAGAAGAAAUUGAACGGAACUUCCGGCGUUUAAAUGAACGAUUUGAGCGUUUAGAUACUGAGAAAAAUGAGACGCAAAAGGCAAUUGAACAGCUUCAAAAUGAAAUUCAGUUACUUAACAGUAAUCAUCAGGAAACGUUAAAUGAAAUAUUCAUGAAGCAACAAGAAGAACUUGCUGAGCGUCGAAAAUAUUUUGAAGAUGAGAUGGAAGAACGCGACAUGGACAGUACCCAAAGACUAUUGAUCUUAAAGAAUGAACUUGAAAAGUACAAAAAUGAAGUGGAAGAACUUCGGGAUCAACUUCGAAAUGCUCAAGCUGAUUGCGUGGCAGAGCAUCGUCGAAUGGCUGAAAAAGAAAAUAUCAUUCUUGAACAACAGUUAGCACUGCGGAAUUCACGUGAUGAAAAUAACGGUAUUAGAAUUGCGAGUGAAGCGAAAGAUAUACGUAUUGCAGAAUUGGAGCGACUUACCAUCCAUUUAAAAUUGGAAACGGAACAGAAGGAUGAAACUUUGGGUGAACUUCGAAAUGAAAAGUCAGUUUUGGCAACCGAAAAUGCUUCGCUGCUGUCAAAUAUCAAUAUAUUACGUGCUAACAUGACUGAAAAUAAGAACAUAAUGGAGCAAAAUGAGGAGGCUUUGGAAAAUGCCACCACAAAAAUUUCUGAAAUUACGAAGCAAUUGAAAGAUCGUGAUCAGAAAAUUUUGUUGCUGGAAAAAGCAGUGACAGACUAUGAAAUCAAAAUUGAUUCGACAAAUGAGCAAAUUCUUAAUACUAAGGUGGAGCAGGCGAUGAGAAAGGAAGAAUUGGAGCAAAGUACUGGAAAGAUUGUGGCACUCAACCAAGAAAGAGCGAAACUUUUGAAAGAACGUUCGGACUUGGAAGAUGAGCUUGGUCGAAUAUCUAACGUUACAGUUAAACUGGAAAAAAAGAUAACAGAUCUAGAAAACUGCAUUCAAAGUCAUGUUGCCCAAGAAGCAGUACUUCAUGAUGUUUUGGAACAGUAUAAAGUGAAGGAGCGCGAAAUAUCACAGGCAUUAUCUGAAUCACAGUUCGAAAUAUCCCGAUUGAAUGAAAUCAAUGAUAGAAUUAAAUCGGAGCAUAGUGCAGAAUUGAAGCGUGUACACUACGAAUACAGAGAAAUAGAGAAAAAAGUUAUCACCCAAAAGAAAACCGAAAUUGAGAAUUACGAUGAGACAGUAUUUGCUCUGCGUAAAAAUAAGGAACAUUUGGAGAAAUUGCUAGCUGGAACCGAAGAAAAAAUGAAAGAACUUUCUUUGCGAUAUGAAAAUGUAACUUUUGAAAAAGAAAACUUGCGUACUCAGUUGGAUACAGAAAAAGAACGGUGCGAAAAAGAAAUGAGUUCGUUACGGCAACAACUGGAUGCUAUUAAAGAACAAUAUCUUGAGGAAAUGGCAGAAUGGGAAAAAAUCUGUACUGAGAAAGACAGUUCAUACAACUUGAAAGUAUUGAAAAUGGAGAAUGAUAUGAAAGUGUUAAAUGAUAGACUCCAACAAAGUGAAGAGGCACAGUUCAAUUUGAGGCGCAAAAUGGUGGAUUUAAAUUUGCUAGUUGAUCGCGAAAAAGAUACUGUUAAAUUAUCGCAAUCGGAAAUAAGCGAGAAAGACAAAGAAAUGAAGUUAGAACUGGAAAAAUUGGAUCAAGAACGCCGGAAAUGGGACGAAAACAUAAAAUUAAAAGAAGAUGAGCUUACGAAAGCACGUUACAAUAUUGAAAGCUUACAAACAAAAUGUUUGGGACUAGAAAAGACGCUUCAGUUUGUUGAAAGCCGUUUAGACAAAAAAACACAAAAUUUGUCGACGGCUGAAAAUGAAUUGAAACAGAUGGAGGAUCAAAUUACAUUACACAGAAAUGAGAAAGCUGCUCUCAAAAGUAUUCUUGCGGAUAAUGAACGAGAAAAGAAUGACCUGAAAACACAACAAGAAGAGUUGAAAACUUCAUUGCAGGAAGCUUGCCUUCAAGUAGAAGAAAUGAAAGGUAACGAAGAGAUCUUGCUAAAAGAGAUUGAAAUGAUAAGAAGCAAACUGCAUGAAGAGGAGAAGCGAACACAGGAAUUAUCAAACGACUUGAAACAAUUAAAGAAUGAAAACAAGAAGCUGGAGAUGGUACUGUCAGAGAGAACGGGCGAUUUAUCAAGCUUGACAGCUCUGUCCGGCCAAUCCGAGAACAUACAAAAGCAGGCGAUGAAGGAACUGGAAAAGGAAAGACAAAAGCGCUAUGAAACUGAAAAAACGAUAGCAGCUUUGCAAGAUGAAAAUGAAAAACUGUCAAGUGAUCUAACAUAUACGCGUAGUGUUUUGGAGCAAAAAACUGCAACAAAUCAGCGAGCAAUAGCUGAUAUCGUAAAAAACUAUAAGGCCGCAGAAAAAGGUCGCAUUGAAGCCAUGUGUGAGAAGGAAAUUAUUGUUGACGAAUUGAACAGUUUGAAAAAUCUAUUGGCUACUGGAGAUGCGAAACGAAUGAAUAUUGAACAGACAUUAGCAAAAUCUGAAAUGUCGCGGAAAGAACUUGUGAAAAAAGUGGCACAUUUUGAAAAUAGCGCUAGAAGAGCACUUAGUUUUGCAAAAGCUCGUAAUCUAUUACCAUUUCGAUCAUGUGCUUCAGAAAUUGGUACAAAAGUGAUAAAUCGAGAUCUUUCGCGAUCAGGUGAAGGAUCCCUGCGUCGUAGCAAUUCAGCAUCUUUUCCUCCUCAUGUACGUUUUGAUCUAAACUCUGACGUCGAAUCGAUUAGUCUCGAAAAUUUAGAUAUAAGCUCAUCCGUUGAAAUAACAUUUCGGUAUUUGAAGGAUCGCAUUGACGAGCUUGAACAAGCCAGGGCUAACGAAGCAACCACACUUAUUCGUUUGAAAGCUGAUAGGGAACGGGCAUCGGAAGAGAGUCAAAAGAGUCUAGAUAAAGUCCAUUCACUGGAGCGAAAACUAGUUGAUCUCGAAAAAGAUAAACAGCUCUUGGAAUCACGUCUUUCAAGUUCACGGCAGCUCCUAGUUUCACAGGAGGAAAGUCUUCGAGCCAAAGAAGUUGAAAGCAAAGCAUUGAAAACUCGGGUAGUCAGCGCUGAUCUUCAUACUCGUGAUAGAGAAGCUCGCCUUUCCUUCUUAAAUGAAGAAGUAACAGCUUUGAAGAAGGAGCUAUCAGCAAUGGAAAAUGAACGUAAAAAAUUAGAAAAAUUUCGGGUGAUGUGGGAAGAAGAGCGGUUGUUAUACGAAUCGGCUUGUAAAGAUGCAGACAAAAAGGUAGAGCAAUACUGGACAGAUAUGAAGUCACUGAUUUCUACUAACGAGAAAUUGGAAGAACGUUUGAAUGAAACGGAACAUUUGCUUUCAAGAACACGACAACAAUGUGGAGAACUGGAAAAAGCGAACAGAGAAUACAAAAAUAUGCUUGAGCAAACGAAGGUAGAUGAAAGCCUAGGAGAAGAUCGACGAAAACACGACGAUCGCAUAAUUACCAGUGACUCGGAUUUAUUGUCAAAAUUAAGUGUACUAAAGCAUGAAUACGACAAUUGUUUGCUUCGAUUACGAGCCAGCGACUCAGAAAAACACUCGCUUAAAAAUGAUCUGAAUGAAGCAAGAAAUCGACAAAAGCAAGCAUCUCAUAGAAUUGCCAGCAUCCAACAUAAAUUGGAAGAGCUACUUGCGGAGAAGAACCGUAUACAGGAGCGUUUAAACAUCAUGGAAAAGCGAGAAAGGGAUAGUCAACACACUGAAAAGAAUAUACGCACAGAGUUGGAAAAAUUGCGAACUGAGAAAAUCGUGCUGCUUGCGGAAAAUGAAGAAUUGAAACGAAAUUUAAGUAGAGUUGAGGUGGAACGUCGAGAAUUUGAUGCUUGUUGUGCACGUCUUGAAAGGGAGCGCUUAGCUCUAAAACGAAACAUUGAAAUGUUGGAGACUGAAAAGCAACGGACCAAUGCAGCAAUGCAUCAAAUAACAUCCGAACGUGAGGCAUUGGACAAAUCGUUGACAACGAUGGAAAAGGAGAAUAUGGAAUUGUACAGGAAUUGCACACAAUUGCAAAACCAGGUUGUCCAGCUGGAAAAAGAAAAUAAUUCGCAUUUGGUUAAAGAAUCUGCAACACAAUUAAGAGCUUUGGAAAAUAAGCUGACUCAAGCUCAACGUGAAAGGCAGCAAAUUGAGCGGUUACUUGAGCAGCGAGAAUUAGCAUGUGCGCAAAAGAUUAAACUGUUCGAGUCAAAAAUAAUGGUACUUAAAGAACAAUUGGAUGCAGAACGGAAAAGACGACUGGAGGUCGUGGGGCGAAAAUCGGUUGUUCAACGGGAUCUUCGAGAAUUAAGGUCAGAUUUGGAUGUUUCUAUCUUAUCAAUGCGCCGGCUUUCAUUACACUUGCCACGAGAACAUUACGAGCUAGCUGCUGGAGCACGAAUUCGAGCACAGAGUUUUAGCAACAACUCUAUCAUAUAUUGA